CACAGAACAUCAGGAGCUUCAGUUGUCACCAUGCUGGAAAUUCACUUGGAAAGGAAAUGAAUUCUGUUAAUGGAACAUCGACCGAGACUAAUCUGUAUAACUAUAUUUUCGCCGAUGAGACUUACAAACUCCUGACAUUCACCAUCGGAUCCAUCGGUGUCCUGGGCUUCUGUAACAACAUCAUCGUCAUAAUUCUUUACUAUAGAUUCAAGAGACUCCGAACACCAACUAAUUUAUUAAUAGUGAAUAUAAGUGUAAGUGAUCUGCUGGUGUCUAUUACUGGGAUCAACUUCACCUUCGUCUCGUGCGUAAAGAGAGGAUGGAUCUUUAAUUCAGCCACAUGUGUUUGGGAUGGAUUCAGCAACAGUUUAUUCGGAAUCGUGUCCAUCAUGACUCUCUCUGGCCUGGCUUAUGAGCGCUACAUCCGUGUGGUUCAUGCCAAGGUCGUCGACUUCCCCUGGGCCUGGAGGGCCAUUACACACAUCUGGCUGUACUCUCUGGCCUGGACUGGUGCUCCUCUCCUGGGAUGGAACCGCUACACGCUGGAAGUGCAUCAGUUAGGCUGCUCUCUCGACUGGGCUUCCAAAAAUCCCAACGAUGCCUCCUUUAUUCUCUUCUUCUUGCUUGGUUGCUUCUUUGUCCCUGUGGGUGUCAUGGCCUACUGUUAUGGGAACAUCUUGUACACAGUGAGAAUGCUGCGCUCUAUCCAGGAUCUGCAGACUGUCCAGACAAUUAAAAUUCUGCGGUAUGAGAAGAAAGUGGCGGUAAUGUUCCUGAUGAUGAUCUCCUGUUUCCUGGUGUGCUGGACGCCCUAUGCUGUGGUCUCUAUGCUGGAGGCUUUCGGCAGGAAGAGCGUCAUCUCCCCCACGGUCGCCAUCAUUCCCUCUUUAUUCGCCAAAUCCAGCACCGCUUAUAACCCCGUCAUCUACGCCUUCAUGAGCCGAAAGUUUCGCAGGUGCAUGUUGCAGCUGCUGUGUUCCCGCCUCCCCAGUCUACAGCACAGCAUUAAGGACCACCCCCGGGCACGCAUCGAACAUCCUGUACGCCCCAUUGUGAUGUCACAGGGCCGAUCUAACCGACCCAAAAAGAGGGUGACCUUCUGCUCUUCCUCCAUCGUAUUCAUCAUCGCUAGCAACGACACUCAUCCUCUGGACAUCACCUCCAAAUGCACUGACAUACCAGAAAUCAAUGUCAUUCAAGUCAGGCCACUUUGACACUUAAUCUUGCCGGGAUGACGUUUAAGAACACAUGCAAAAAUCACAUGGCAAAUCCAGAUGUCUCUAAAAUGAUACUGCCAUGUCCCUUUUCUGUCCUCAUAUAAUGUACAUUAAAAGGAUUUCUUUCUUGUUGCAACAGUAAGGCAACAUAAACUGACGUUUGUCUUUGUGUUCCAAAACAAGUGACUUUUCUGCAGCUUGUGUAAGUUAUAUUGAUUGACAAUGUAAUUUGUAACCAUCGUAGGUCAUUUCUAAACCCUACUUUAAGCUAUUAUUGAUCAAUUGUGCAAGUUCUGUCUUCACCCAGUUCUGUGUGACAGUGAGAUAUCCUAUGGCUUAGAUUGCAAAGAGAGUGAACAGAAUACAUUAGUAAGUGUGCUCAGAAAGAUUAGGAACACAGUGUUAGUACAAGGACCCUCCUAGAGGACAGGACAUUUUUAAUGGAUGCAACAUAGGAUCUCUCAGGGAGGUCCACAACGACACUUCCCUUUCAACUUCCGUUAGUGCAAUGACUGUGAAAUUACAUCAAUAGUAUGUCUAAAUGAAAAAAAUAACCCGCAUUAGCUGUCAUUUACAAAUCUGCAUAUGGUUUUGCAUACUGUAAUUGAACUCAGGACUGCUGCUGGCACACAUGUGAACAUCAGAAGUGCUGUAUUUACAUAGUACUUUAUAUCAAAUAAAAUGAAUACUGAGUACAUAUUAAAGACAAACUUAAUACCAAUAACUGAGUAUAAAAACAUAAGCAGUGUUUUUAAAGAAACAGCUGUGUUCACAAAAUUUACAAAAUUAUAUUUUGAUAACAUUUCCAGUGGUGUUUAUUUCAAAGACAAAGUUUUUUUUAUUAUUAUUAUUAUUUUUAUUUUUAUGAUAAAACAAUAGAUAUACUGUUCAAAAUUAAGAUAAAAAAAGGAUUUGGACACUUGCUGGUUGUCAAGCGUUAGUGGAACAUGUUCAUGAACUACGCCUGUGGCUAUCUACUAGGACAUCUGUGUGAACUUGAACAAAGAAAGACCAUCAUGAGGAUUUAACAUUUCACAAAACGAGAAAGAAAGUAUGGUCUAAUGUUUUAGUUGUACUGUAAGUUAGAAAUGAAUAGACAGGUCCAUGUAACAGCAACCAACAUCUGCUAUUAAAAGAAUAGCUCACCCAAUUAUCUCAUCAUUUACUCACCCUCAUGCCAUCCCAGAUGUGUAUGACUUUCUGUCUUCUGCAGAACGCAAAGAUUUUUAGAAGAAUUCUCAGCUUUCUAGGUCCAAUAGGUUCAAUGCAAGUGAAGGGUGACCAGAACUUUGAAGCUCCAAAAAGCACAUAAAGGCAGCAUAAAAGUAAUCCCUAUGACUCAAGUGGUUAAAUCUUUAUCUUCAGAAGCAAUCUGAUCAAUGUUGGGUGACAACAGACUCAAAUGUAACUGCUUUUUCACCGUACAUCUUGCCAUUGCAGUCUCUAGGCAUGAUCAUGAUUUCAAGCUCUAUUACACUUCCUAAUGCUUGAUGCAUGCACAAAGCGCUAGAUGGCGCUAUAGGAAAUGUAAUGGAGCUUGAAAACAUGACUGACAAGGAGACAGCUGAUGUCAAGAUUUAUAGUAAAAAAGGAGUUAUAUUUUGGUCUGUUCUCAUCCAAAACCGCUUGGAUCACUUAAGACAUGGAUAAAAACACUGGCAUCACAUGGAUUACUU